GCCACCUUCCACUACAUCGCUUUUCCCCCCAGACGGCUGCAGGGUCUCGUUGCGCUGCUGGAGUGCGUGCCUGCGCCACCAAGGUCCACCCACGGGCCUGGAUCCAUCCAUCUCAGCUCGGCCGCUUUCAGCCUGGGCCACCACAGUAACCCAUCCCUGCUUACGAACCGGCGCCGUCAGACACCUUCUUCACGACAACUUGCUCCCUGGGGUUCCCUCGAGCUUGCCUCUACACACAUAUUCGCACGCACCCCGUCAGGCGGCUUUCCCAAUUGCAAAGCUCCCGGCGUGCUCGUUGUUCCCAGCACAAUGCCCGCCGGCUACGCCUCUGCGGCGCAAGCCCUCGAGCUGCCCACCUCGCCGCUCUCCGACGACGCCUCUCCUCGACCGCUCGGCCUGCCCGGCAGCAACCUGCCGCCCUGGGCGCGAGGCAGCAACAGCAACAAUGACAGCAGUGGCCGCAGACCGACCGCGGCCUCCAGGCGUCUCUCGACCCCGUACAGCCGCCCCGAUAACACCCCCUUUGGCCGUCGUAUCCUCCAGUACAGCCUCAACUUCCUCAACAAGUCGCUCCGGCUCUUCUACUCCCUCACGCCCAUGCAGCAAGGCCUCGCCGUCCUUGCUGGUCUCGCUUCGAUCGCUCUGACGGUUGUAUUCCUCAUAUACUCGCAUCGUAUAUUCGCGUGGCUCCAGCCAAUCGCGGUUGGGUGGCGCGCUCUCCCGGCGGGCUGGCUCAUCAUCUUCGCCAUGACCUUUGUCGCUGCGUUCCCGCCCAUGAUCGGCUAUAGCACCUGCCUGACCAUCAGCGGCUUUGUGUACGGCUUCCCCGGUGGCUGGCCCGUGGUCGCUGCCGCGACCGUUGCUGGCAGCACGGCUGCCUUUAUCGCCAGCCGGACCGUCCUGAGCCGCUAUGUCCACGCGCUCAUCGGCUCGGACAAGCGCUUCGUAGCUCUCGGCCAGAUCCUGCGGCGGGACGGUGUCUACGUCCUCGCCGCCGUCCGCCUGUGCCCGCUGCCCUUUAGCUUAAGCAACGGCUUCCUCGCCACAAUACCGAGUAUCAGCCCUCCCGCAUUUGCCCUCGCCACGGCCCUCGCGUCUCCCAAGAUCUUUAUCCACAUCUUUAUUGGGAGCCGCAUGGCCAAGCUCGCCGAGAGCGGCGACGCCAUGAGCCUCGGUGAUAAAAUCAUCAAUUACACCAGCAUGGCCCUUGGCGGCAUCCUCGGCACGGUGCUCGGGCUUGUGAUAUACAGGCGAACUAUGGCGCGUGCGGAGGAGCUCAUGCGCGAGGAAGGCAUGGCAGCCGAGAACGGCGAGGAUGGCUCGUUUAUCCAUGGCGGUCGUGGUAGCGGGGCCUCUGGGCACAGCAGGGGAGGCAGCGGUGGUCGCCAUGGCGGCUUCUCCGGGCCCGGAGUAGACUACGCAGACUUGGACGAUGCGGAACUGCGCGAUCCAGACGAGCUCGACGCCGCACUCAUGGAUGCGGACGACAUUUCCUUAUGGGCGGCCGAGGGCGUGGCUGACCAGGUAUACAAGGAUGACGUCGAUGGCAGCAGUGGCGGCAGUAGGAGUUCGGCGGAGAGCGCACCGAAAGGGAGCACUUCAUCUGCCUCGUCACCAUCAGGUGCGGCACGGGGUGGGGGGAAGGGGAGCAAGAAUCCAAGAAAAAGUCCCAGGUCAGACGACGAAGUCGAUUCGACUAUACGCCCGGCGAGGUGAGGCGCAGUGCUGCCCGGGGGGGACAUGCCGUGUUUGGUGCUUUUCACAGCCAGGCCUUGGCUCGCAGGUAGAGAGGCGUUGGUGUCUAGUCAACUUGGCCGCGUGUACAUAGAUUUGUUCACUUUUUUACGUCAUUUGUGUAAAAAAGACGAGACCAACGAUUUUAUGGGGUUUUCACUACCACUUG